UAUCAUCUAAUCCGUUUCCGGUGUUGAUGCCGCAGACGUUUGUGUUUCUAGCUUCAAAAUGACCAAGCUGCAGCUGCUCAGCGUCUACCUUACGGAGCGGCUGACGGCGGUGGUGAAGGAGGUCCUGGACGUGGUGGAGGACACGGUGGCCGAGUACCGCGAGGAGACCGCCAGAACCCGUCGCGAGAACGAGAGCCUGCGGAGGCAGCUGCGGGACAUCCUGCUGCUGGAGGCCGAGACAGAGUGGCUGAGGUCCACCAGGUCCAGUCUGGGAUUUGAGGCUCCAGAUCAACAGUCUGGUGAUGUGGAGCGAAGGUCCAGCUCAGAGGAGCCAGACUCCACCCCGAACCAGCCCAGAUCGCCACCAUCCAACACAGCCCAGCCGUCGCAUGAGCAGCUGGUUUCAGUGCAACUUUUGUCGGUUCAGAGGGAGACACCACCAGUACCGGUACCAGCACCAGUACUUGUACCAGCACCAGUACCGAUUCUCCAGCAGGAGGACAAGAAGCCCACAGAGUCCUGGGAUCCGGUCCUGAAAGCUGAUCCUCCACAGGAGGUGUUGAGGAGAGCGUCAUCUCCCUCUUCUCACUCCUCCCUGGAUCCUCCCCCCUCCUUGGCUCCCAAAGUCCUGGUGGACGUUCCAGAGGUGACGGAGGAGCCGCAGGCCUCGCCACCUGCUUGGAUCAAAACCGAGCCCGAGGACGUGAGCAAAGCUGAACGUAACAUGGACUGUGUGACGGCGAGCGCUCGCGUCGUGGUGGAAGAGUCCAGCGUCAGGAGCAAAGUGGAGGCCGACCGGACGGUGGUGGUGCUCGCAGAUGGAAACAGGAAGUCGGCUGAUGACGGCGCUACCAACGCUGCUGCCUUCUCCCCCGAGCUCGUGCAUCGCUGCCCCCGCUGUGGCGAGGCGUUCGGCCAGGCCGCCAGCCUCCGCCACCACCUGGAGCAGAAGAGGAAGACCUACGCCUGCGACUGGUGCUGCAAGUCUUUCGCCCAGUCGGCCGACCUGCGCCGUCACCUGCGCACGCACACGGGCGAGCGGCCGCACCGCUGCACCUUCUGCUCGAAGAGCUUCAGCCAGCGAGGAAACCUGCGGCGACACCUGCGCAUCCACACGGGCGAGCGGCCGUACAGCUGCCCGUUCUGCUGCCGCACCUUCAGCGAUGGCGACACCAUGAAGAAACAUAAACGCACGCACUCCGGAGAGAAGCCGUACCACUGCGCUCAGUGCUCCAAGACCUUCACCAGCGCCAGCGGCCUGCAGCUGCACCUGAAGAAGGACAUGUGCUUUGUCGCCAACGCCUGAUUGGACGCUUCAUUCAAUUUCACAUGCAGAUCUCCUGAGAAGCUCAGAAGAACCACAUCAAGAGGAAAUCCUCAGUUUCCAAGCGUGACGACAGCCAAUCAGAAUCCUCAGUGUUUCAACUCAGACAGUAGCAUCACUACGACAUCGGCGUGUCAAUACUGUGUCAUUAAAAUAAGAACAGCUGGUUUAUGACCAUUAUUAAGCUGCAAAGAGUCCUCGGUUGGCUCGACGUGAGCGACAGCCAGAACGUCACAAACCAGCAACAUGUCGGUUCUGAUCCAAAACCUUUGAGACCAACAAGUCACAGUCGAGUCCUCGUUAACACCAUGAAAACCGAGUUAAAUGUCACUAAGUCAGGAAAAGUAAAGAUAAAGAAAAUAACCUGCAGUGAUUCGGAUUAACUGAUCGUACGAAAUAUACGUCUCCAGUUUAAAUGACUCGUUGACUUCCACCAAGAACUUUCCAGAACAGACUGGCUUCUCCUGUUGAACUUCUCUCUUUAACAGUUUAGCCCUGACUACCCAGUACUGGCCUUACUCACCCAGGUGGUGGGUGGCCAACUAAACAACAACCAAUGUAAGAGGUGUAAUCAGCGAAAUGCACUUAAAUACCAGACAUACGUGUAAAAGCUUGUCUGCUGUUUUCUUUCUGACCAGCAGGUGUCAGUACAGAGAAAUGAUGCUGCUACACCACAGGAAUACCACUAGAUGGCGCUGUUCACGAAGUACUUCAUUCUAGCACAUAACUUUGUUUAAUAUGUAAACUGAAGGCAGCCGCAAUUGAAACCGUUUUUAACGUAAUUAUCUAGAGAUAAACAUUGUUUUCUUGAUGUAAAGGAAUAAUUUCAGACCUAAUAACGUGGUCCUUGACUGUUAAAACAAAUACUUCCAUACAUGGUGUUAAUCUCAGGUGUAUUAACGAGGGCUGCGUUCCACUUUGUGCAUGUUGGUUCGUUGGUGAAUGUAAACAAAAGGAAAACUUGCUUUAACUGGAUUUCAGCCCUAAUUAAUACACUUGCACUCGUCUUAUUUCACAUAAAAAUGUCUGCAGGAAUGAUUUUACAAUCCGUUUUCAGGGUUUGCAGCUCUACCUCUAAAGUAGCGUGAUAACCAUCUUGGAUACGAUUAAUCAAAAAUCCUAAAAAGAUUCAGCUACUUUAAAUAUUAGAACAACAAGAGGCCCAACCCAAGAAAUAAUAGAAAGAAUUUUUUUUUUUUUUCUUUUCAGUUCCCUCAAGUU